AUGGAUGAAAUUUUGAAAUUGAGCAAGAAUGAUAUUGGAGAAGAUGUUGAUCCAAGCUUAUAUCGAAACUUGGUUGGAAGCUUGAUGUACUUGACUACAAUAAGACUUGAGAUUUUAUUUGCUAAAGUUCCAAAAUCAGUGUUAGUUGGUUUUUGUGAUAGUGAUUGGCAUGAUAAUGUUGAUAAUCAUAAAAGCACAUCUGGUUAUGUUUUUAGCAUUGGUUUGGGUGUUUUUUCAUACACUUUAAAGAAACAACUUGUUGUUGCUCUUUCUACCACCGAAGUAGAAUACAUCGCUUUAUCUGCAGCUGGAUGUGAAGCUUUAUGGCUUAGAUGA